UUUUUAAAUAGUACCCAAAUCAGUCGGCCCUUAUAAAUGGAAGACCUCUGUCGUACAUAGCGGUUAUAGGACUUUUAUAAGCGACACCAGUUGUACAGAAUCAUGAGUACUGCCAGACCAUUCAGGAUUUGGAGUUAUGACAGAAGUGUGAAGAAGGGGAUCAUCGCUUCUUCAUUGGACGAGCUUCGUAAGAAAGGUAAAGAGAAGGUAGGGCUGCUACCUGAGGAACCUGUACAGGUAGUACUGGAGGAAGAUGGUACGGAGAUUGACGAUGAUGAUUACUUCUUGUUCCUCCCCCAAAAUACAACACUGAUGCUCCUAGCUAGGGAUCAACGCUGGGCAGUAGAAGGCAAAGAGGGCCGGUCGGGACAGGACGAGCCAGACUUCAUGACCAGUAACGAGGGACAAGAAAUCUCAGAAAGGACAGUUGAGCUGAUCACAGGUCUUCAAAGGGACAUAACUCGCCUCAUAGCCUUCUCCAACAAUGACUUACAGGGUGUGAUUGACCUCAGUGUCCCAGCAUUAGCCAGCCUCCUCCACGACACAGAAAGUUUUGCAGAGGCAGUACAGGAAGCUUGUCAGCGCCACCUGGAUGAGAGAACACAGACUUCAGAAGCCAUGGACCUGCUGCGAUUGUAUCACACAUCCAGACAAAAAAGUAAUCUCAUUAUUGGAGAGGAUUCUUCAUCAAAGAGACCAAAAUUUGCCAAUAUUUGAUCUGUCCUGUAAUUGAAUUAUAGUGCCUUCAUUUCUAAAAUGUGCAAUUUCUGUGUGUAUUUGUGUAUGUGUUUAGUAAAGGAAAUGUAGCUUUCCACUUUUACAGUUACCUAGUUAUGAUUUGUAAAAUCAAGUAUCUGUUAUGUGUAUUAUAAAAAUAAAAUUAGGCAGCAUUUAUAUUAUCACCUGACCGUGGCUGCACUUGUGAUCACCUGUGUUGGAACUUGUGAUAACAUGUGUGACCUUUUUAUAUCACCUAAUUGUAGCAGCAAUUGUGAUGGCCUUUGACAACUCAUGGGUGGCAACACUCAUGAUUGCCUUUGUGGCAGCAGUUGUGAUCAACUGUGUGGUAACACUCGUGACUUCCUGUGUGGUAACACUUGUGACUAUAUCUGUGUGGAAACACUUGUGACUACCUGUGUGGCACACUCAUGACUACCUGUGUGGCACACUUGUGACUACCUGUGUGGCACACGUGUGACUACCUGAGUGGCACACUUGUGACUACCUGUGUGGCACACGCGUGACUACCUGUGUGGAAACACUCGUGACUAUAUCUACAUGUGUGGCACACUUGUGAUUGCCUCUGUUGCACACUCAUGACUAUCUGUGUGGCACACUCGUGACUAUAUCUACAUGUGUGGCACACUCGUGACUAUAUCUGUGUGGCACACUCGUGACUAUAUCUGUGGCACACUCGUGACUAUACCUUUGUGGCACACUCGUGACUAUAUCUGUGUGGCACACUCUUGACUAUAUCUGUGGCACACUCGUGACUAUAUAUGUGUGGCACACUCGUGACUACGUGUGUGGCACACUUGUAAUUGCCUCUGUGGCAGUAUUCGUGAUUGACAGUGUUGUAACUUGUGUUCAUCUAUUUGUGAUUGCCUGGGUGGCAUCACUCCUUGACCUGGACUUUUCAUAGGAUUGUGAAUUGAAGAAAUACAUUCCUUAAUUACUGUCUCGGAGUAAAACUGUGUGUUGUAAAUAAAUUAGUUUAACUAAGUUUAAUCUCAACGCAGGCAUAUGAUUAUGUUUUUGUUAAUCUAUAAUGGUUAUAGAUAAAUAUUGAUAAAAUAACACAUAUAAGAAAAUUGGUAAGCCCAGUGAAAUUUUGAAUUUCAAUGCUGUAAGCAUAAUUAAUUAGUUACUUGUGGGUCACAUUGUUCAUAUUGUGCAUUUUUUUGAGAUUUUUUUUAUUAAAUUAUGAAACACUGAAAUAUUAUUCGUCUAGGAAGUAGUGGAAUCUCAUUAGUAAGGAAUACUGCAAAAAUCUUUUUACAGGAAAAAUAGAAUCUCCUAUGUGCAAGAAAUAAAGGGAUCGCUGAACAGACAUUUUUGGCAGCUCACUAUGUGUUUUGCACGAAUAGCUUAAUUUGCAAUCUAUCAGUAUAUAUAAUCUGUUUGCAGAAAAAUUAUCAACAUUGCCAUUUUUAUUUGCAAAAUAUGACAUUCUUUUUAUUGUUUUUAAAGUGUUCAAGAUUGUAUCAGUUUCAAUGCAUCAGUACACCUUUAAUAAUGUGUAGUAGACAUGAUGAAAAAAUAUCUUGUGAAAUUUCAUCUUCUAGAGACGAAAGAUAGAUGCCAGUAUAUUUUCACUGAACCCAAAAUAUAUUUUUUUUUAUCAAAAACGGUUGAAUGUAACUCAUAGUGAUAAGUAAAAAAAAUAAUAAAUCUGGUUACCUGUAUUCAAAGGGUGGAAUUUAUGAUGUAAGGAGUUAUCCCCCUUACUUAAAUUACAAUGGUGGGGUAAUUAUUAAAAUUUUAGAAUAAGUUAAUGCAAAUUUGAAAAGUCUUGUUUGCCUCAGUUAUGAUACAUUUGUAUAUUUGAAAUUAUUCAAACAUAUAGGUAUGUGUAAUAAACUAUCAUCCCAAUUUAGCUAGAUGCACUGUAAAUGUUUAUAAUUCAGGGAUAUAGACUUAUUAUAUCACCGUUUUAUCUUAUCAUUUUAAGUAACAUAUUAAAUUCUUUUCUUAUUUAAUUUUCGUUAAGCAGUUGAUAAUAAAUCAUCACACCUAGGCAAUUAUUGCAGAAUAUCAAAAUUCAGAAGAAAAAAAUCAACAUUUGUGAUUUAAUGUCUUUAAGACAAUAAAAUUACAAGCAAAUUACGUCUACACCAUUUAUCCAGUUACGAAACUUGAAAGUUUGUAGGUUGAAUGUCGCUUGUUUCAGUGUCGUGUAUCUGUUAGAUCUUUCUCAUGCUUUUAUAUUUUUAAUAAAAUAUCUAAUCAAAGGAGUAUA